UAAGUAUGCAAGUUGUAAUUUAGAGAAGCUAUGAGAGAUUACUCAAUGAGUCACAGGACGGAGAUUGUUGUAACAUCAACUGAUCAGCUGAUGAACAAGGGAGAUCAUGUUUCGGUUGACACUAACAAGUUAGCAACGUCCAUGCAAGAGGAGUUCAAUAAAUUGCGUCCUUUCUCCGAUAAGUGUUCAAUCUACAGGGUUCCUCAAAGACUACUCAAGUUAAAUAGAAGCGCUUAUACACCUCAAGUAGUCUCCAUCGGCCCACUUCACCAUGGAAAAACAGAGCUACAAGAAAUGGAAGAGCAUAAGAAAAUGUACCUUCAAGAUUUUCUUAAAUUCAGCGAGGUAAGCCUUGAGGAUCUUAUUGCAUUUGUUGCAGAGAAGGAAACUACAUUGCGAAACUGUUAUGCAGAAACCUUUGAAAAGCUUAGCAGUGAACAAUUUGUGAAAAUGAUGCUUCUCGAUUGCUCCUUCGUCAUUAUGGUCUUACUGAGGACUUACGACGAAAAUAUUGUCUUCGAAAAUAUUGGAUGCAGAAAUGACCGUAUAUUCAGUAAACCUUGGAUGUUCAAUGAGGUAUCCAAGGACAUUUGCUUGCUUGAAAAUCAGCUUCCAUUCUUCAUUCUAGAAGAUUUGAUUAAGCUAUCCAAAAUACGGGGCCAUAUUUCCUUGAUUGAGCUCACCUUUGUAUUCUUAACAAGGAGAUGGCCUUCAUGGGUGCCACAGGACAAUUUGGAGAAAAUCAAAUUCUGUGAAGCAGAGCAUUUUGUUGCUUUUCUGAGAAUCUGUCAGCAGCCAACAGAGCAAAACCAGCAAAAGAAAAUUGAUACUCUAAGCACACCCAGUGCAAUGGAUCUCCAUCAAGCUGGAGUCAGGUUUAAGUUGGGGUCCAGCCAAAAACUACUAGACAUAAAAUUCGACGCUGAUAAAGGGACACUGGAAAUUCCAUGUUUAAAGAUUGUGGAUAGCACAGAAACGUUAUUCAGGAAUGUCCAAGCCUUUGAGCAAUGCCAUUCCGAUUCUGGUUAUAUAGGUAACUAUAUCACGAUGAUCAAUCUGGUUGUCCAAGCUUCCAAGGACACAGAAAUACUCGCAAGAAAAGGAAUUACAGAGAAUUGGCUACGUGAUAACGAUGCCCUCUUAAGUCUUCUCCACAAUCUUUCCAAAGAAAAUUUUGUCGAUACGGACGAUUUCUAUUUUUCUGAUGUCGUUAAGAGAGAGGAUUGAAAAUUAUAAUUGAGAGUGUUUGAGAGUCCUUAUCCUUCUUAAUUUUAUCCUUCUUAUUAGAAUGGACGUAAAGAAUUCUUGUUUGUUGGAGAAAAGAUCAUAUACCAUUCUUGAA